AUGGCAGAUGUCGAGAAGAAGGUCGCUGUCGUGGCUUCAGGGGCGGCGGCGGCUUCAGAUGACUCCUCGACACCUGAGGACGACCCGGAAAACGGCUGGUCCGCUUGGUCCGACUGGUCCCUGUGUUCGCGGUCCUGUGACGGGGGCGCGGCCGUGCAGACCCGCCGCUGCCGCCACUAUGCCGGCUGCCGCGGGGACUCCGUCAGGUACAAGCUAUGCAACGUGGAGGCGUGUCCAGAGGGGAGCCGCGACUUCAGGGCCGUGCAAUGCUCAGAGUACGACGGCCUGCCCCACGACGGCGCCUCCUACGAGUGGGAACCCGCGGAGGGGAGCGACCCGUGUGCCCUGACCUGCCGCGCCAAGGGGGGAGGACCCGUGGUGACCCUGAACCCCCGAGUGCAGGAUGGGACGCGAUGUACACCUGAAUCUCUUGACCUGUGUAUUAACGGACGCUGCCAGAAGGUGGGCUGCGAUCUCGUCCUGGGCUCGAAGAAGGAGGUUGACAAGUGCGGCGUGUGUGGAGGCGACGGAAGCUCCUGCAACAAGCCAUCCUACAACUGGGACAAGCGAGCGAGCGGGGCGUGUUCGGCGUCCUGCGGUGGAGGCUACCAGAUGCUGACGGCGGUGUGCGAGGAGCAGGGCAGCGGCCGGCGAGUGUCCGAGGACCUGUGUGACCCGUCCUCGAGGCCCGUCCCCGCCAUCCUCACCUGCAACCCCCAUGCCUGCCCCACCACUUGGCAGACCGGGAAGUGGGGUGAGUGCUCGGUGCCGUGCGGGGCAGGGGGCUACCAGCUGCGCGAGGUGUACUGCGCAGAGCCGCGCAACACCUCCAUGGUGCGCGUUGCAGACCACAACUGUGCGCCGCCCCGCCCACAGCACCGCCGCUCCUGCAACCCCCACAAGUGCCCUCGAUGGUACGACGGGAUCUGGUCACAGUGCUCGGCGACGUGCGGUGACGGAGUGCAGACGCGCGUGGUGCUGUGCCGCGACGCCGAGGGCCGCUCCUCCCGCGAGUGUGACGAGGCGCAGCGGCCCUCCGACACCCGCUCCUGCCGCACCGGCGUGGCCUGCCCGCUGCCCUCCACGCUGGCCCACCCCCGGCACCAGCCGUACACGCCUCCUUGGUGGCCGGAGGAGCAGGACGCCCUUGCCAGCGAGGAGGGGGGCGCCGCUCCCCUCCUGCCCCGCCCCCAGGCCUUCUUCGGGGGUCAGCAGGUGCCCUCAGAGCCCACGUUCAUGAUGGGCAACUGGAGCGGGUGUAGCGUGACCUGCGGCGAGGGCGUCAUGACCCGCUCCGUGACCUGCAAGAUCUUCCUGGAGUUCUCCCGCACCGUCGCCGAGCUCCCGAAGAAGCAGUGCCCCGGAGUGCGACCCACGGACACCCAGCGCUGCGUGAUGCCGCCCUGCUCGCACGCCAUGACCAGGCACGAGUCUCCUGACGGGGAGGUGAGCGACGCGGCGCAGCAUCGUCCCAUCAUCAGCCUCGAGGAUGAAGAGGAAGACGCGGACGAGAGCUCCAGCAGGGACAGAAGGAUCCACGAGACACCCUUUCUCCCGAGGCUGGUCAACGAGGACGAAGAGGACCUAGAUGACAUGAAGAAACCCUCGAAGUCAAAGUCAGCGGACAUAGACACGGAGGUUCCUCAGGCUCAGGCAUACAACGACCCCCACCCGGCACUCCACUCUUACGAGGCCCCGGGUGACCCCAAGCCCCGCGGGGACCCGGUGUUGCUCUACCCCGGCGAGUAUACGUCCAUCGAUCUCUACGAUUCCUACGAGGUCUCGCGCGGCAGGUCUCACUCGGGCCACGGCCAGCACAAGGGAAUGAACUCCAUCGAGAUCGACAUGGGCAGGCGGACCGAAGAGUACCCCGGCUACUACCACAUCACGGAGGAGGUCGAGGGGCCCCACACCUACACGUGGACGACCCUCGGCUUCGGCAUCUGCAGCGCCUCCUGUCUGGGCGGCGUUCAAGAGUCGGUGGUCAAGUGCAUCAGAGUCUCGGACAAGAAGAUCGUGAAACCUCAACUCUGCGACUCCCAGAUCCGGCCUGACGUGAUCACCAGGACCUGCAAUGACCAACCGUGUCCCCCGCGCUGGAACAUCUCGGAGUUCGGGCCCUGCAGCAAGCCGUGUGGGGGCGGCAUCCAGAAGCGGGACGUGAAGUGCAUCCACGAGGUCACAAGAGGAGGCACGAACACAGUGGAGGUGCCCGAUAACAAGUGCCCGCAGCCCCCCGAUCGAGCCAUCCAACACUGCAACUAUGUGGACUGCCCGCCUGAAUGGGUCCCCGGCAGCUGGUCUAACUGCUCUGCUAUGUGCGGCGGCGGGAUCAAGACCAGAACGAUACAGUGCCAGCAGGUAAGGGCACAGGGCCGGUCAGAAGAGAGGCCCACAGACGAAUGCCCCGACAGCAGGCCCCGCACCGUCAGGAAGUGUAACCAGAGGGCGUGCCGCGAGGGCCAGGGCAGCAGGAAGAAGCCAGUCAUCAAGUCGCAGAACUACCAAAACUUCGUCCAGAGUAACCUGUCCAACAAGCUCACUCUGAAGGUGGGCGGCAAGGCGACGGUGUUCCGCGGGGUGAAGCUGAAGGUGAAGUGCCCUGUGAGGAACCUGAACCGCUCCCUCAUCUCCUGGUGGCACCGCGGCCGCCGCCUGGGCAGGAAGGGCGCCAUUAGGACCACACCCAGGGGGGUCCUCAAGAUCAGGGAGGUGCGCCCCCUUAACGCCGGGGUGUAUGUGUGUAAAGCUGGCGGCUUGGAGGCCAACAUCACCCUCUCUGUCAAGCCGCCUCCGGCCAAUGACUCUUCAGACACCCAGCACCUUGGCCGCUCCCCCAACGAAGUGAACCCCAGCAGAAGCUUUGGCAGGAGCUCGGAGCAAGGGUCUGCACUGGAAUGGCCAGCGAGGAAGACCAAGUCCAAAGGGAGGAGACGCAAGGGGCGGCGCCGAAACAAGGCAGCGAAGGGCAGAGGGCACAGGCAGGACGGCAGUGAGUCUGAGGGAACCCACAGAGGCAGCGGCGCCCCCACAGAGCCACUCGGAGAAGGCCCAUUCAAGGCCUCCAGCAAAAACAUGCACACAGUUGAGAUGAGCAGCAGCGAGGUGCCUAACACAUAUGAUUCCUCCAUCUGGCCCUCCACCUCCAAGGAGGACUAUGUCUACGCCACCAUCAACCACAGCGGCUGGCCCCUCACCGGCCGCCCCCGCCACCACCAGGAGGAGGGGUCAGGCAGCACCAGGGAAGCGAGGCCUCACGUCUACGGAACUAUCAAUCUCCACAGCGAUAGCACCAGAAUCACGAGUGAGGAGAACCCUGUGUACGGGACUGUCCGACAACACCCUCUGCCGGAGAAGACCAAUAACAGGCGGGGAAAGUGGACGAAUGUGGACCCUUCCUUCGAGGGCAAUGGCAACUCCAUCGAGAAGGAGUAUGGCGAGGGGCUGGACUCCGAGCUUCCCCCGGACUACAUGAUGCCCGACUCCGUGCACCACCCCAUCUCCUCCUCCUCCUGGUCAGGCCAGCAGCUCGGGUCUCUGUCCAGCCUUGGUCAGCCUCAGACUCCUGGCCAUGACACAGGCCGAAGACCCCCUCCCAUCUCAGAUAAUUUCCCCCAUUGGCACUCCACCUCUACCUCCUCCUCCACCACCACCACCCUGGACCACCACAAUCAGCAGCACCAGCAGCACCACCGCACCCCCACUGGCACCCCUCAAUGGCACUCUGGAGCCUCCCCUUCCCUCACCCCUGCACCCCCCAGCAUCAGCUCUGGGAGUUCUCGCCCUGGUCUUUACCUCCAGAAGUUCCUCCCCAACCUGAAGAGCUUCCUCCCGGCCUCCCUCCAGGGCGCCAUCAGCUCCCGGGGCGGCAGACACGCAGACUCCCCCAUGAACGACAACAGCAGGAUGACCUCGCACGGCUUUGUCCAAGACGACAACACCACUCGGGACCCUCACAGCAAGGGAGACAUUCUGGGGAAAGGAACAAGAGACUCGCUGGAGUUUGAGUGGCAGAUGACCAACUGGUCCGAGUGUUCACAGACCUGCGGCUUCACCAGCACCUCCAGCGGCUACCAGGUGAGGUCCAUCCAGUGCCUUGCAAGAGUGAAGAAUGUGACGUCACCCGUGGACGGUGCCUUAUGUGAUGACGCCGGCCUGGAGGCGCCGGUCACCUACCAGCGCUGCGGCUUCACAGAAUGUCCUCAGUGGCACUUUGGCGAGUGGUCAGAGUGCGAGUCAUCACGCUGCUUCACUCUCCACUAUGCCUACCAGCGCCGGGAGGUGGUCUGUCAGCUGCACAACGGCACCAUAGUCAGCAACCUGCAGUGUGACAACCGGACACGACCUCGGCACCGCCAGGAGUGUUACAACUACCAGUGUUCCGGGGUGUGGCGUGUUGGGGACUGGUCGGAGUGCACCGCUCCGUGUGGCGGCCAGGGAUACCGCACACGCCUGCUGCAGUGCGUGUGGAACGGGACCAAGAAGGCUGCCGGGAAUGCCUGCCGGGAGCUGCCGCGCCCCGAUGUUGUCCGCUGGUGCAGUGGUGACCCCUGCCCAGACCUCAGUGAGGAGGACAGCCAGGACAUGAAGGGGUGCCGAGACCAAAGCAAAUACUGCAACAUUGUCAAGCGGACCAACAUGUGUCGCAUCCAGAGUUACCAGCAGCAGUGUUGUCGGUCCUGCCCCUAGCAGGGCCCCUCCACUCACCCGCCCCUGAGGAGCACCACUGGGGAGGUGUUUCUUCCCUCGGGAGCAUCCACUGCCUGGGGCACCACUCCCCAGCCCUGCACCCAGCAGUCGACACCCACACAGGGCCAGUUCAUCCACUUCACUCUGGGGAAAAGUGAUUGUUGAGUUUCCUGCCACCAGUCAUGCAACAAUUGAAGAGACACGGGCAAAGUUGAAGGAUUGUCACAUGGCUUUAAUGCUGUUAUUUCCCUUAAGAAGGACGGAGUAUUGGUCAGCAUGAUUUAGCUUUAAAGACUUCACUUCCUCGUGGUAAUGUACUGGAAUGGAAGGUGGAAUUUACUUGACUUAGCUUUAAUGGAACUGUUGACCGAUGAUUCUGGUCGGCGAGGCGCUGCUAAGUUCAGCAUGCCUCUAUGAGUCAUGAAAAAUCUUGAGUGCAAGCUGACAAUUAUUAAUGAAUUAUUUCUUAAAGUUGUGUUACCUGACAGGAGUGGAAAGCUCAAUGAAUGUUUCACUUUCAGUACUUUUAAGAAAAGUGCACCGUGUAAAUAUAAUUUCAGUUCAUCAAUUGGUAGGAAUAGGAAGAAUGAACAACAGGAGGCAAUCAUCUCUGUCCAGUAGCUCUAGGGUUGUCCUGUACAUGACAUAGGGUACAUAAUAGUUAAUACGUACAUUUUUAAAUUUUAUAUUUAUACAAAAUAAGAUGAGUACUUGACAAGAUUAUAUGGUAAGUUACUAUUCUAAAAGCAGAGUACUUUUACUCAGUAUCUGAAUUAUAUAAAUCUUGUUGAUAAAUUAUUAAAGAGUACCACCUAACCGAAUUGAAAUUUGUCUUGAAUUUACUUGAUGUUAAAGCUGAUAAAUUACACAGUAGCUACCUGUUGAGUGGUCCCGAGGGUUGUUCCAGCACCUUCUUAGUCAGCUUUCAGACGGUUCAGGUCCCUGAGCACGCUGUGCCGCCCCUCCGGGCCAGACGGGCGUGCUGCAGGAUCUCAUCUGAAAAGAAAGACAUUAAAUUUGCUAGUAUCCAUUAUGUACAUAUGUGAUAUUUCUUUCCUCCUUAAUGACCUAAUUUUUUGUUUAUUUUUUCACUUUCUAACAGUCCAGGAUUUGUUCCUAAAAUGAAUUUUACUUCUGAAGGAUAGUUUCUAGGCUGGAGGGUGAACUGCUUGCUGAAAUACUACAAGGGAUUGUACUUGAUAGUGGAUCUUUAAAACAAUGUAAAUUGUGUGAGGGUCAAGUGCACUUAAAUUUUAGCAUUGUAAUAAUUUUUGAAGUUUCCAAAAAGACAAUUUUAAGGACACAAAUGUAUCUUUAUAUUUCUGAAGGACUUGGACAUCCCCUUGUUGCAUGACUGACAAAACACGCAUUACCACUGGAGAGCAAGUGUGGCAGUCAUGUGGCAAGUGAAUGGCCCUGCACUAGUCUGAUGGGAGAGUGAGAGAGUGAAAGCGAGAGUGCUGCAGGAGGCCUUCAGGCUGAGGGGGCUGGGCUCACAGCCCCUCACCCGGCCAUAGCACAAACUAGCUAGGGAGGCAGACUGAGCUAUGCCGUCUAGAGGUGGCGCUAGUGGUGUGCUUCGGUAACACAAAUAAUACUGUCUAGAUCAGUGUUUUUAGGAGUUCCCCCUUGUGUUGUAGAGCAAUAACACUUAAUUAUACAUGUACAGUAGGUAUAUCUAUGUAACACAUUGUAAAAAUUAUAUACAUAUAUAUGUUAAGGCAGCAGCAGCUACAGGCUGGUAAUAAGCUGUUGUACUCUACGGUUUUAAUUUACACUGCAAUGCUAGUUCACCAUCUGAUUUAUGAUUUAAAGGAACUUGGUCUAGUGGUAAGAAGUGCCAGACAUCAGCAUUCAGUCUGUUGUACUUGCUAUAUAAAUGAUGCCUUAGGUGUGAAUCUUCUGAAAGUGUUAAUGUAAUGGAUGCAGAUGAACAACACACUAACUAACCGACAGAACUGGGGCAUGCAUAAAAACUUUUGCUUUGAGUGAACGUAUUUUUCAAAUUCUUACAUUGUAAUGUAAACUGUAUUAGUUGAAGCAGUUUCAGCUCUGCCAUCAUAUUCAGCACAUUUGUAUGGAAUAGAAUGUAUGCUGUACACAAUUUUUUUUUUUUUUUAAUGGCAGCAGAAUACAUAUUUAAAACAUAUACUUUGCUGCACUUCAUUGAACUGAAGCCUGUUCUGAAUCACAUUCAGGAACUAUUAUAAUAAAUACAUUAAAUUAGAAGAAAGCAUCCUGCAAGACCUUGUGUGGGAGCCCACUUCUUACCACAGGACCAAGACAUAGUCAGACUACCUCACGUUCAGUAGCAAGUGUCGCGAGUCACUGCUGCAGAACCCACCAGGGAAGGCACCUCGACAAAAGUGCAUGGCACACCAAAACAUGAGGUGGAGAGGUUAAGCAAAUGCCAGUCCUUCUGCCCACUCAUACACCUAUGAACACAGUCCUCCUGUUCAACACUGCAUGCAUGCUUCACAGCCCCACUGAUAGAUGAGCAGAUGUUUUUACUGCCCAAGCCAUGAUUCAGUAAACUAUUCCAUUAGAAAUUUUAAAUUAGGGAGGGAGCUAAUUAUACAAGGAUUACACAUUAGAGCUUGUGAAGCAAAACAACCAUACAAACAAGAUGACGGUGAAAAAUAUUUGCUGGUCUCCAAAACAUAACUGAAUUUUGGUUUUGGCUGACUUUGCAUGUGGGAUCCUGUCAAGGGAUGGAGGACUGUGAGGGUGCACCACCAAGAAAUGUCCCCAUCAUCAUCUUUCCCCAAGUGGGAAGGAGUCUCCCCUACACCAGAGGUCACCAUCUUGACUGAAAUAGUUGUCAUAUCCUCCACAUCAUGUGUAUGUGCAUGAAUACACUCUGUAAAUGUUUUAUGCUGUGCUUAAACUUGUGUUUUUCUUGGCCCCUUUUGUCUCAAAGCAUUUAUGUACGUCUAAAUUGGCCAGCAUUGUCAGAUCUAAAAGUUAUGUCUGGACCUUCCAAGCAGACUCAUGACUUACCUCAGUUUUGUUGGUGGCUUUCUGGAGUAAUUCAGCAUUGGUGGUUUAGCUUCUCCGUGUGAUCAACGUGUGCUCUCAGCUCCUCAGAACGCAGGGGAGCUGGAGUAACAUCAGCCUCUGCAGUCAUGAAAUAGCUUUAGCUGAUUUUGCCCAUAACUGCCAUAGUGUGUGUGUGAGUGAGUGUGUGUGUGUGUGUGUGUGCGCAUGUAUUCUCCGGCUCAUUCUUUGCCAAUAUCUUCUGACGAAAAAUAGAAACAAUGAGAAAAAUAUACGUAUGUGUAACUUAUUGUAUCCUGAAAACUAGUAUGCAGAUGCUAUAUAUUUUUCUUUCUACUACGAUUGUGUUUGGUGCAUCAUGGGAUGGAGCGGAGCUGCUUCCUAGAGUCCAGUCCACUCCCAAACAUGCACGCCACACACUAGACUGUUCCAUCAUCAUAAGUGUAGUAUUAGCAGUGACAAGUUGAGGCAACAGUUAGUAUAAAGCUGACGUAAGGACCCGACAUCCUUACUUCUGCCCAGAUAAACUGGAGAAUUAUUAUUGUACUGUUACCUCUCGCUGCAUGUUUUACGGUGUGUGUUGAAGGCAUGCAAGAUAAUGUGUGUUCUUGAAUCUCUUUUUUAAUUGUGUGUUGGCUGUUCAGACAUUAUUAUGCCUUAUAAGUAUGUACUAUAUAGAGAUAUCCAGCUGUCAUAAUGAAGCAUCUACACUAUAGAGACCAUAUUGUGGAACAGUUAGAUUUUGUGAUUCUGAAUAAUGGUCAGUCGCCUGCAGCACGGCCAACAGAUACAGUCAAGACAUACAAGGAAAUGCUGGUUGCACUCAUGAAAUGAUUUUGACAAGAAUGUCGUAGCAGUGAAGUGAACAAAAGAUUUUGAGCUUAUCAGCAAUCAUAAAAAACACAAGUAUUUGACUGUAAAUGUUGCUGCUGUGACAGAGGUUUGACCAUGCUUUUGUUUUUACACUUAGUCAUGUCAUAAUACUACUUUGUGUUCCUAACUCAACAUCUAAUGACUAUGUAAAGGUGUCUUGAUGAAGAAAAUACACACAAUAAAUACUACCUGCAUGCAACACCUACUAACAUAUAUGUAACUUAUUUUGAAUAUGAAAGAUAAUUUAUUUGCAUAUUGAGACUUUGAGUACAAACUUGACUAACAUGAGCCUUUGUUGCACCUCACCAAUUGAGGCUUGGAGGAAAUGUUUUGUUUUGCUUUGUUUUGUAAAGUUGGAUUUCUUUUUUGCUAUGAUGACUGACAGUAUUAGACAUAAAGAGGAGCCUAGACCUACUUUACAGGCUGUACAGUAGCCUUUGUUUGUACCACGAGUGCAAGUGAAGAUAUGCAUUCCGUUAGAGUAGGAAAACAUUUCUAUUGCAGUAAGGUGUCCCAAGUUUUUGAUGAAUGUUAACACACUAAGUAGAGAUAAGUGUUUGCAAACUUUCUUUCCCCAAGAAUCUCAAACCAUAAAUCAGGGAGCUCUGAGCAAGACUAAACGAGAGAGACCAGAGACAUGCAGAAGGUUGCUCGGCAUUCCUCCUUGGCUGACUCUGUGUUCUCAUCAAAUUCCAGUGUGUGUGGCAGAGGUCAUUUUUUCUCAGUGAUGUCAAAUUGCACUUAAAUUCAACUAAUUAAAGUACAUAAAUGCAAUUUAUUCAUGAAUGUAAAACCUUUCAGAAAUGUAAUUGUUCACUGCCAAGUUUUGCAUUUCAACAUUAUGACAUGUCAUGUGGAAAAGGCAAAUCAUCUUUCUUAUAUAACAACAGCAACUAAUCAAUGCAAGCAAGAGGAAGACAUUCCUCGCACUGGUGCAGCGUGUAAUCUUGUGCAACAGCUCUCCGUCACCAGGACCACAAACGACAGUUGGACUAAUCACCACUAACAGGUGACUGUCUGUUCUCAGACUUAAUGAAGAAUGCUGAACCCUGUCAUGCUAACUACUCUACCUAAAAGGUUAAGAUUUUAAGCAUUUAUAUUACUUAUCUUUUUAGCACCAUUUUUCUGCCUGGUGCUAGUGAAUAGAAACAGGAAAGGAAACUAAGUGAUUUGCAAAACAUCAGGGUCUACCAUUGCCUCAAGUUCAUCACAAGAACAUCACGCUUCACUGCUCCUUGCACACGCUUCAGAGUUUGCCUCACUCUGUGCUACACAGACACUUAUAAACUCAGGACCAAAUAUUGAGUUCCAACAACCCCUACAAGCCAAGCUUUCAAAUAGUGAAACGGAAGUGUAAAUAUUUAUGCUGUAUGUUGACACGCAUGUAAUACUUUGAGUGCGCAUGUGGCCAUGGCAUAGUGAGCAGAGGACACCCACAACCUGUCCAUGGGAAGUGUGCCAGCGUUGAGACAAACAAGGAUCCGCCAAGGAAAAAAACAAAUGUCGAAGGGCUUGAGUUUCAGUGGACCAACUCAUGAGUGAAAAAGAUAACCUGUCAAAUCAGUCAAAUGGAAAAUCAAUCGCCUAAGCAGGAGAGUCGUUGAAGAUGAUUUGCGAGUCACACUUUUCUAUUGCAAAGUUGUACCUUUUAUCCUCCAUUAUACCUCCAUUAUUUUUUUUUUCAUUUCAUUCCUUUUUCAUGCAUUUACGAAUUUUAUUACCUAUUUAUUUUUGUCUACUUGUAUGUGUAGCCAUUAAAAUGUAUAUAUCUAUCACUGUAAGUGCAUUGUACAAAUAAAAGCACUAGAUUAUGUAUAGAA